AUGGCAUCCUCCAACAUUUCUGCAGGCAAUCAGAAGAAAGCAACUUCUGAGCAAUAUCAGGUGCCACUCAGAACUCUCCUUACUCCGGUGAAGAACCUUGAAGUGCUCUCUGAGUUAAUCAUUGACUUUGAAAGCUUGAAGGAAAAUGGCUUUGACCUAACUGAGGAAAUUAGGGCUCAAAAGUGGGAAAGGUAUUUCGAUAGGUUGGUUGGACCAACAUUCCCAGCGCUAGUCAAGGAAUUUUGGAUUCACGCCAAGGUUUCAAAACAUCUAGUCAUCUCCUCUGUCAUGGGGAAGAAGAUUGUGAUUUCUGAAGAUCUCAUUGCAAGGCUAAUCGGUCAAAGUGGUGGUGGCGUCCGUUGUGUGGACAUGGCUGAAAGAUGCACUGAUACAGCUGUGGUAGCUAACAGGAUUUUCACUCUUGGGAUGCCCAGCAGCAAGAUUAAGGAUCUGAAGGAUCACUGCAGAGUAUGGGCUAAGAUUGUUCUGGGAUGCUUCAACCACAGGAAACCAACAAGUUCUCCUGAUUAUAUAAAUGUGGAUCAGCAGUUUCUGAUCUACUUUAUUGAUCAGAAGAUAAAGAUCAAUCUGGCUCACUUCCUGUUCAACCAUCUCAAAACCAGUGUGAAAGAAACAAGAGAAGAAGAAAGAGCCAAGAGGGACUGGAUACCGUUUGGAAGGCUUAUAUCAGAUAUUCUAACAGAGAAUAGGCUGAUUGAACAUCUGAUUGAAGCUCAGGAGCUGAGCACUAUUGAACCAACAAUUGGGAAACCUCUGAACGCAAAGAAUCUGAAAAAGAUGAAGCUGAUAGAAAAUAUUCAGAAGGAACCCAGAGCUACUUCAACUGCUGAUAUCUCCAGCAGAAGAGUGCCUCUGAGUGAUUUUCCGGUAUUUUCUGAAAUGGAAUCCAAACCAGAGAUGUUUCUCAGGUAUCCAGAUGCGUACAAGGCAGAAGAUACAGGUUCAAAGCUGAAUAUCAAAGAUCUGACUCAAACCCAACCAGAAGUAACUCUGAAGAAGACAAAGAAGGGGAAAGCGCCAUCAGAAGGAUCAACUCAUCAGACUCCAAAGAAAAGAGGUAUUUCAUCUGCUGCCCCUAUUUCAAAAUCUUUUACUAUUCCAACAUCUAUCCCUCCUCAAACCUCCCACAGAAUAUCAAUUCCAAUCCCUACCAUUGAUGAAACCAUACAAGAAGAAGACCCUUCUGAGGCCUUACUACUCAGAAGACCCAGAACCAAACUCCCCAAACAACCAACAAUUUCAACAACAACAACACUUGACCAAGUGCUGGCUGAUAUUGAGCGUGAACAUGCCUCUGCUAAACCAAACUCUGCACCACAAAAUGUUCCUCCUCCACAACCAGAACAACAACAACAACCACUCUCAGAAGAACCUCUGAUCCCUGAGCAAUCAGAGAUUCCACCUCCCUCUCCCCAACCAGAAAUAAAUCCUCCUUCACCACAAACAGAGUUUCACCACUCUGAAACUCCCUCUCCUCAUCAAUCUGACCCUCACUCACCUCAACCAUCACCGCUGGCAAUCCAGUUGCCAUGUGGAACCACUGUUUUCAUGCCCCAGUUACCAUCCUCAUUAGAAUCAACACCUCCAAAAACUCCCAAAACACCACCCACUCCAAUCGAAAUAUCUGACUCUGAUACCCCUCCACCAAAACAAACAGCCUCUCAGAAAACCUCUGAAAACCCCAGCAGGACUUUCAUUGACUUAACCAGUCUUGAACGUCUUGCUGAUCUAAGACACAAAAUUGCCAUCCCAAAACCAAAGCAACCAGAUGUUGGCUCUGGUAUUUUGAAUUUUGAAACAGGUGUGCUGCAAUGGAUUGCUUCUUUGAAGCAAGUCUGUCCUGGGAUGAUUGACCCAGCUGCUUCUGAUCAGCUCUGGUCACAGUUCAGACUAUGGGUACGUGCUGAAGCCCUCAAGUUGCAGGAUAUCAACUAUGAGCAGGCACAACAGAACUUCAGCAAGCUGCUGAAGGAAGUUGAAAGUCAGCUGCCUCAGGAAGCCAUGCUCCCUCUGGACAGUGAACCUUGGUCUGAGAAACAGCAAGCUGCAAAGGUGCAACCAUCAGAAGAAGACAAGACCAUUCAGGAUGAAAGUCAAGCAGCGGAUGUUGCUGAAAGUUCUGAGAAGCCUCCUCCUUCUGAUGCUUCUCAAGCUGCCUUGGACAGACAGACUCUGGAAGAACUAAGGCUGAAUGACUUGCGUCUGCAGCAGCGGAUGGAUGACAACGAUCAGAAGAUGAAAGCAAGAAUGGAUGUGCAGGACAGCAAGAUUGACACUGUUGUCAGCAUGGUUCAUAAGCAAAAUGAAACUUCUGAAAAGAUUCAAGCGAUGCUGGAGCGCCUGUUCACACGCUUGCCUCCUCAACCUUAA